AUGGAGGAAUGCCACGAGCGCAUGGUCAAGCAGCUCAAAGGCAUGUUGAAGAAAAACACUGUCACCAGUCUUGAAGUGCAGCUUGAUGGCAAUCAGGUCCUCGCCACACAAGAAAAGGCAGACACCGAUGCCAAGCUCAUGCAGGCAGAUCACAACCUAUGCACAUUGCAUUCUCAUCUUGUCACGUUGAAGAAUGCACAGAACACCAUCACAAUGUACAUUCAACAGUUGGAGCAACACCUCAUGUCAGGCCAAGUCGCUUCAACAACCAGUAUAACCCCCCAGCCACGGUCAUCCCAGCAGAAGCUGCUCAAAAUGCCAAAACCACCCAAGUUCUCAGACAAAGGAUCCAGCCUCACACUAGAGCAAUGGAUCAAAAAGGUCCAGAUCUGGUUAAACUACAAUCAGGUCAACACUGAUAAGCAACACAUCUCGCAGGCAAAUGCCCUGCUUGAAGGUGGCACUUCGGACUACAUGGAAGAAUACAACGAUAUUCUUUCAGCAAAUCAGGACCCCGGCACAUGGGCAGACUUCGUCAAGAAGCUCGAAAUGGGAUACAAGAUGCUUGACCCCAAGCGCACAGCACAGGCUAAACUGGGAGAACACUGCAAAAAGAAAUUCUCCUCGAUGAUAGACUUCGUGAAGAAAUUCAGGUCAUAUGCUCCUCAGUCUGGAUACAGCGAUGAGGACUUGAUCGUCAAGAUCAGGAAACACCAUCCCAUCUACGUACAAGGAAUCAUGUCAAAUGUCUACAUCAUGACGCUGACCCUGAUCCCCAACAAGUGGAAGGACUGCCUCGACAUGGCACUUAGAAUCGAAUCCGAGUACAAGCAACAGCUGAGUCGCAAAAAACCAACCAAUUAUGCAGCAAGUACAUCCAAGCCCAAAGACCCCAAUGAAAUGGACACCACAGCAAGGGUUGCACACAAUCUCACCCCGGAACAGAUGAAGAUUAGAGCACUGGAAGAAGCAAUUCAUGCGCUAAAAGUGAAGAAGGUGGCGGACGCAAAGAAAGGGUCCUCAGGGAGCAAAGGGAAAGCCAAGGCAUCGACCUCCUCGGAAGAAUCAGAACAGGACACAUGUAUCAUUGAGUGGGAUGAACUCGAGCAUUUUGCGGCAGCACUGUAG